AUGUCGUUCAACGCACUUCCCGGCGAGAUCGUACUUCAUAUUGCCAGCGCCCUUCAUCGAGCGCCUCUCAAUGCUCUCCUCCAAGUCAACCGAAGUAUCGCAGUCCUACUCACUCCAGAGCUUUACGGGCACGAGUUUCCAUUCGACACCGCAGUGUCCCCAAACGAUUUACCGCAUCACAUUGAUCAGAUCGACAAGAACCUGCCAGGUUUUGAUCCACACGUUCGAGUCUACCAGUGUGCGAUGCUAUGGCAGUCGGAUAUCAUUCUAGAGUACCUUCGCAACUUGCCCGAUACUAUAUUCAAACGUAGUAGUCGCAAAGCCAAUACCAUUCUCCACCAAGUCGCAGGAGAUGGAAACACAAAGCUCUUCGAUAUACUGAUAUCGAAAGGUGCCGAUCACAACGCAGUGAAUGUUAUGCACCAAACGCCACUGCAUAUUGCACUUCGGCGAGAAGACACAACCAUAAUAAGUCGUCUAAUGCAGGAAGGGGCGAAUGCCACAAUUUUGGACAGCCUUUCUAAGUCGGUACUAGUCUAUGCAAUCGAUACCGGUUCUUUGUCAGUCAUCAAGUGCGUGCUUCAAAGCCUCAAAACUCGUGGAGAAAGUCUCAGUUCUACCGAUCGCAGCAUCACUUUGGCGUUGUCCCAGCAUAUUGUCUACAGAAAUUGGUCUAUUCUAAUACUCUUGUUCGAACAUGGCGUAGACCUUUCCUGGGAAUAUUCGGAUGGUCGAAGCCUGUUCGGCGAUGUCGUUAACAUCAGAGAUGCCCGAUUUUUCGACCGUUUCUUGUAUCGCUGUGGGAAGGCCAUUCGUUUGGCCGAUUGGGAGGGCUUCCUGUUCGCGUUAAACCCACUCGUACUUUCCAAGCAAACCAUCUCCCGACUAGCUGAAGGAGUUCUGGCUCUUGGUGGAAGUUUUGAAAGUCAACGAAGCUCUACAGGGGAGUCAACCUUGCAUAAAUUCGCGGUGACUGGAAGUGUCUCGGGCGUGGAGGUUCUGUUGAGUCUGGGAGCAAAUGUGCUGGUGACUCGAGAUGAUGGAGCUACACCUAGCCUUUGA